CCGGCCCGGACCCCCGUGCAGCGGUCCCGCCGGGCACAGGGAGCGGCGAUGCCCGCGGAGAUGCCCCAGGUGAUGCCCGCGAAGCCCCCUCGCUGCCCGUGAAGGUACCGGACCGGACCGGAUCACGAGGAGGAGGCACGGAUCCCCAGCCACCUGACUCCUUACCGAAAACGCCCAGCCAUGGACAGACCAGCCUUGCCCAGCUGUUUCUACGUGACCCUGCUCCUCAUUAGCCUGGCCCCGGGCCCGUCAUCUGCCGUGAACUACACGGACCCCGUGCUCGUGGCCAUGGUAAGCCGCCAGUCCCCGGAGCGCCAGAAGAUCAUAGAUUCCCAGUUCAAGUGCUACGAGAAGAUGAACCGGGAACCUCCCAACAACAAAAAAGGGCUGUUCUGCAACCGGACGUGGGACGGCUGGCUCUGCUGGGGGGACACGCCCGCGGGGAGAGUCUCCAUCCAGAACUGCCCGGACUACUUCCCGGACUUCGACACCUCAGAAAAGGCUUCCAAGUUCUGCGACCAGAACGGGAACUGGUUCCGCCACCCCGAGAGCAACCGGACCUGGUCCAACUACACCCUGUGCAACUUGUUCACCAAUGAGAAGCUGAAGAUGGCUUUCGUCCUGUACUACAUGGCCAUGGUGGGCCACACUCUCUCCAUCAUCUCGCUGUUGCUGUCUCUGGCCAUCUUCUUCUACUUCAAGAGCCUGAGCUGCCAGAGGAUAACCCUGCACAAGAACCUGUUCAUCUCCUAUGUGCUCAACUCGCUGUUCACCCUCAUCCACCUGAGCACCGUGGUGCCCAACGCCAACCUCGCCAACAGAGACCCGGUGGGCUGCAAGGUCCUUCAGUUCAUCCACCAGUAUAUGCUGGGCUGCAACUACCUUUGGAUGCUCUGCGAGGGCGCCUACCUGCACACGCUCAUCGUCGUGGCCGUGUUCGCCGAGGAGCAGCGGCUGCACUGGUACUAUCUCCUGGGAUGGGGGUUCCCGUUGGUGCCGGCCUCGAUCCACGCAGUGGCGCGGGUCAAGUACUUCGAUGACAGCUGCUGGAUGAAUGUGGACACCUACCUGCUCUACAUCAUCCACGGGCCCAUCUUGGCCGCCCUCCUGGUGAAUUUCUUCUUCCUGCUGAACAUCGUGCGGGUGCUGGUCACCAAGCUGCGGGACACGCACCGCGCCGAGUCCAACAUGUACAUGAAGGCCGUGCGGGCCACGCUCAUCCUCGUGCCGCUGCUCGGGAUCCAGUUCAUCAUCAUCCCCUGGAGGCCCGAGAACCGGCUGGCCGGGGAAAUCUACGACUACGUCAUGCACAUCCUCAUGCACUAUCAGGGUUUGCUGGUCGCAACCAUCUUCUGCUUCUUCAACGGAGAGGUGCAGGCGGCGCUGAAGAGGCAGUGGGCCCAGUACAAAACCCAACUGGGGCAGAGGCGGCGGGACCACUGCUCCACCCGCUCCACCUCCUACACGGCCACGUCCAUCACCGAGGUCCCCGUGUACCUGUUCCCCCACGCCUCCAGCAGCGAGCACGUCAACGGCAACUUCGCCGAGGACUCCGAGGUCACCGCGCUCAAGUCCGACGAGUCCUCCGCCUGACCGGGGGGAGAGGGGACCCGGUGCGCCGCCGCCCCCCGCCACCUCUUCCUGGGGGAGCCCCCAGGGGGGCUGUGGGCCGCCUCCUCCCCAUCUCCCCCCCACAACCAAGACGGAGUCACUUACCCGGAGGGCGGUGGGGACCGUCAGGAGAGAAUCGUCCGCCGUCGCCACCGACGGUCUCGGACGCUGGGAGGGCGACGGGGCCUGUCAGGCAAGAGCUCCCUGCUACCGCCACAGAUGGACUGCCACGCCGCGAGGGCGGUGGGGGCUUUCAGGAGCCGGUCCCACACGCUCCCCUGCCUCCUCCGUCCCGGAUGAACUCACCACCAAGAUGGCCACGGGGCCAGUCGGUGCCAGUCCCACCACAGAUGGACUCCCGCAGUGGGAGGCCGGCGGGGUCCACCGGGAGGGCGUUCCCGGCCACCGGCACCGACGGACGCCGCCAGCGCCGAUGAACUCACCCGCUGGGAGCCCGUCAGGAGAGAAUUCUCUACCACCAUCCCAGAGGGACUCGUGUACCCGCAAGGCGAUGGGACCUGGCAGGAAAGAACUCCCUGCUACCACCACUCCUGCAGUGGGAGGGCGGUGGGGGCCUUCAGGAGCUAGCUCCCUCCCACCCCGAUCCCGGACGGAUUCACUCACCAAGAUGGCCACGGGGUCGGUCAGGAGCCAGUUCUUCCCCACUACCACAGAUGGACUCCCCCAGUGGGAGGGCAGUGGGGCCCUUCAGGAGACAGCCCCACCGCCCCCAUCCGUCCCAGGACUCACCCACCGAGAUGGCCGUGGGACCUGUCAGGAGCCAGGUCCUCCCCACUACCGCAGAUGGACCCCCCCCCCUCAGUGGGAGGGCAACGGGGUCCUUCAGGAAAGAGUUUCCCGCAGAGGGACAGAUGGACUCACAGAUGGAGUCACAGAUGGACUCCCUCACUGCGAAGGCGGUGGGGACCCUUCGGGAGCCAGCCUUACACCCCACCUCCGUCCCGGAUGGACUCACCCACAGAGAGAUCCAUGGGACCUAAUAAUGUUGGUAUUUGUAAAGCGCUUACUAUGUGCAGAGCACUGUUCUAAGCGCUGGGGGAGAC